CUUCCUCUCAGCGGCUUGCCCUCCUCCUGCUCUUAAAAUUUGUCGUCCGGUCUUCCUCUCAAACAAGUUCUCUCUGCCUUCUGCUUCUACAUCACUACGUCUGCCUUCUUUUCUCAUUCUCUCUGCCGCAGCUGGAUAGUGCUCUCUCCUCUCUCAGCUACGUGCUUAUCGGAGUGUAUGUAUGGAUCGUGACGGCCUAUCGCCCAGGAUGCCGCGAUAUCUUCCACAAUGCUCCCAAGAUUGAACACUCACCAAAACCGAACUCAUCGGCAGAAGCGCUACUCAGUUCGCCCUUUCUGUUGUUCCAUAUUGCUUUUCAGCCUCCUUGUUCUCGCAAGCUGGGCUCGAGGACGGCUGAGACGUGAUCCUGUCGUUCCCGAUCUUCGGCAGCUACGUCAGCGAGACAACGCGGUAGAGUGCCGUCUGGUCCGUCAAGUCAAGCACCAAUGCUCCUUCAUCCGAACAAACUGCCCUGACGAUCAAGAUGGGCUCAUUUCCUACCUUGAGCUCUAUUACUGCACAUUAGCGGAUGCGAAGCCUUUGGCAUUCACAAUCAUCAUACUAUGGCUGUCUUUUCUUUUCAGUACGAUCGGAAUUGCUGCCAGCGAUUUUCUUUGCAUUGACCUCAGCACACUGGCCAGUGUCCUUGGUUUGAGUGAAAGCCUCACAGGCGUUACCUUCCUUGCUUUCGGCAAUGGAAGCCCUGACGUAUUCUCCACUUUCGCCGCCAUGCGGUCGAACAGUGGAAGUCUCGCCAUCGGGGAACUACUCGGCGCAGCGAGCUUCAUAACAUCAGUGGUUGCCGGCUCGAUGGCGCUGGUCCGCCCUUUUAAAGUCGCGCGAAGGAGUUUCGUCCGAGACGUAGGUUACUUCGUCGUGGCUGUGAGUUUCAGUAUGUUUCUACUUGGUGACGGACGCCUGCAUGUCUGGGAGUCAGCCACAAUGGUAGCCUUAUACUGUUUCUAUGUGGUGCUUGUUGUAACAUGGCACUGGUAUAUCUUACGACGGCGCCGAGCCUAUGAGCGAAAUCUAGCGGCACGGUCACACUUCCAUAUACCAGACAAUCAGGAGUUAGAUAUUGAGGAGUUGGAGGAUGAUGAUCCCGGGGUAGCCUCUGAGUCUACCAGUCUUCUUCGUGGCGAUGAUUUCAACACGCUGGAAAGGCCCGAUGUGGUUUGGCAAAGUGGAGAGGAAGACGAUGAAACUCGCAACCGUUAUUUGGCUGAAAUACGGGACAAUAUGCACGUCUAUCGCCCAGUUGCUCGCCGUCGCAGUACUCUGAAUCCUAUUCGGCCGAGCCUCGUUGGUGCACUGGAAUUCCAGUCCGUUCUUGCGUCUCUCCAGAAGUCGAGGAAUCUUCAUUCGAAGGCCCCUUCCGUCAACGCCGACCGAUUUUCUGACAAUGAGGAAAUAGCCUCCCCAUAUCUGUAUCCAGACAAUAUCUCGGUUGCAUCCCACCCACGGACCAGUCGGCCCUCAACCAGCGACCGCUUCCACUUUAGUCAAGCACGUGGUCCGACUCGAACUCGAGCUGUGUCCGCCAACGCUGCGGUAGACCUCAAAUUGGACACAAGCGUGCCAGACCCCAGUACACGACAGCACUUGCUGACCGUUAGUCAACCUUCAAUCGACAGCCAAGCAAUGACUAGCGCACACCAGUUCGACUAUCAAUCUCAAAGCCCAAACCUCCUUGUACCCCCAGAUACAUUCCACUUACCUACUUAUCAGUCAUCAACUACACACCCCGGUUCCCCGCUGAUGAUUUCGCCCCGUGGCACGACUUUAUCCGGUGAAGCCCAUCCAGAGAGCCCAACAAGCCCUUUUCCGCCUCUUUUGGAUGCACUAGGUCCAGUGUCCUCAACACCACCGAGCAUACGCUUACCACCUGCGACAAGCCCCACGGAACCACUGCAAAUUCAAGAUAGUAUCCAGAACAAUGGAUGCAAUCGAAUCACGGCGCCGACGACAUAUUGGGCAAGGUCCUGGUCCAUAUUUCAGUCAAUCAUUUCCACUCUUUUCCCUACAUUGGUUGGUUGGCGAUCUAAAUCCAUCUGGGAGCAAAUUUUAGGAGUCGUGGCAGCGCCUAGUGUGUUGCUGCUGACGAUCACGCUUCCUGUUAUCGAAGCGGCACCCUCAGUUCGCGAUGCUGGCACCGUCUCCGUCGUCGUGACACCUGCGGAUGCUGUCAACGCUCCGGCGCCCUUGAUAGCUUUACCGGAAGACAGUCCACUUUUAGGUGCUCUUGAUCAGGACUCCAUAGCUGAGCAUGCUCUCCAUUCGAAUCGAAAAUCUCAGUGUGCACCGUCAAGAUCGCGUUUUGAUUCCGAGAUGCCUGCCAUCCAAACAAGUUUAGAUUCGUCUGCAACGGCCGCAAAGGAGUGGUGCUCUUGGCUAGUCUGGGUCCAGCUUUUUACAGGCCCUUUAUUCGUGGCUUUGAUUGCCUGGACAGCCAUGGAUCCCGAUUUGGACUUCCGCAACCUACUCUUACCGUUCUUGGUCUCACUCCUCUUUUCUCUUAUUUGUAGCACAGUCCUCAUAAUUAGCACGCGAAGUUGUUCAGCUUCCCAGCCUCCAGACGAGUGGCGGCCUUUUCUAGCGCUUUUGGGUUUUGUGGUUGCUAUCUUUUGGAUCGCCACGAUUGCCACAGAAGUGGUCAAUCUCCUCAAGACCUUGGGUGUCAUUCUGAACAUCAGCGAUUCUCUUCUAGGGCUCACCGUCUUCGCAGUGGGAAACUCUCUAGGCGACCUUGUCGCAGAUAUAACUGUUGCGCGCCUUGGCUAUCCUGUUAUGGCACUGAGUGCCUGCUUUGGGGGGCCCAUGCUGAACAUCCUUCUCGGAAUUGGGUUGGGGGGGCUGUACAUGACUGUGAAUGCGAAGCCAGAAACAAUUGUGACGCACGGUGGCUCGUACGAAAUCGAGGUCUCCAAAGUACUUGUCAUCAGUGGUGCCACCUUAUUGAUUACCUUGCUUGGGUUGCUGGUUGUAGUCCCGUUGAAUGGUUGGAGGAUGGAUAGGAAAAUCGGCUGGGGUCUUGUGGUUCUAUGGGCCAUCAGUACACUAGGCAAUGUUGUUGCCGAGAUUGUUAGCUGAAAGGGUCUUUGAUAUUUAUAUUUGAACUCCCACAUUACAGUUUUAUUUAUAAGGCUUUGGUAGAGUGGAAGGGCUACCUGUAUUGUACCAGGCCGAGCCGGCUAUUCUCUCGCUUCAUUAACUACACGCUAUAUAU